UUGUGUAAUUAUGUGUGUGUGUUGAUGUCAUUUGCUCUGCAUGUUUGAAAGAAUAAAUCAAAAUCAAAUCAUAGUCGGACUCUAAUGGCGCUCAGAGCUAAUGAUUUUGGAUAAUUGGUGAGAAGCAAAUCAGUCACUAGGUUUAUACAUGGAUGUGUUCAGUGCCGGAAGCUCAGACGACCACCAGAGGAGCAACGCAUGUCAGAACUUCCCCGAGAACGUGUGGAAGUGUCACCUCCUUUCAUGUACUGUGGAAUGGAUUGUUUUGGUCCAUUUAUCAUCAAGCAGGGCCGUAAAGAGUGCAAGAGGUAUGGUCUCAUCCUCACAUGCCUGUCUUCAAGAGCAGUUCACAUCGAAAUGCUUGGAGAUAUGACUACAGAUGCUCUCAUCAAUGCCCUAAGAUGCUUUAUAAGUUUGAGGGGAGCAGUGUGUCAACUUCGUUGUGAUCAGGGCACAAACUUUGUUGGAGCCAAAAAUGAGCUUAGAGAAGGUCUUAAACUGUGUGACACCAAGACCCUAGAGACAUUUCUUGCAGAUAAACAAUGCGAGUUCAUUUUCAACGCUCCAUCAGCAAGUCAUGCAGGUGGAAUCUGGGAACGACAAAUCAGGACCAUCCGCAACGUGCUGAACGUUACACUGGCUCAGAGCUCAGGCAGGCUGGAUGACGCUUCUCUUAGAACACUGUUCUAUGAGGCUAUGGCUAUCGUUAACAGUCGUCCAUUGACUGUCGAUGGGCUCAACGAUCCCACAUCUCCAGAGCCCCUGACUCCUAACCACCUCAUAAUGAUGAAAUCCAAAGUUGCUCUACCACCUCCUGGAAAGUUCGUGAAAGAGGACAUUUAUGCUGCAAAAAGGUGGCGCAGAGUUCAGUUUUUGACCGAACAGUUCUGGAGCAGGUGGAAGAAGGAAUAUCUUCUCAACGUUUCCACAAGGCAAAAAUGGCACGUACCUCGUCGCAACCUAAAGGUGAAUGACAUUGUCAUCAUCAAGGAAGACUCGCUUCCAAGGAACCAGUGGCAACUAGGGCGAGUAGUUCAAACCACAGAAGGCACUGACGGUUUGGUUCGUCGUGUCAAGGUACAAGUUGGGGAACGUAAGCUGACAAAGAAACCAGAACAUUCUUCCAAACCCUCGAUUAUUGAAAGGCCGAUCCAGAAGCUAGUGCUUCUACUUGAAAGUGAAUAAUUGGCUGUCAAUACCAAAACCACAUCAGACAUGUUAUUCUGAAUGUUGCUAUUAAGAUGACUUAAUGUGUGGUCAUUUGUUAUGGUCUGGAAAUCAUGUAUUAGUUUAAGGUUGUUGACACUGGUUGGUAAAUUCAUCACAACAUGAUUUGGUGGGAGUGUAACUGACCGUAAAGCCCCCUCUCAGAUUCAUUAUCAUCAACUCGGCAUAAGGGCGCUGAGGAGGUUUGCCCCGGAACGUGAAUGAGGAAGCGUUGUAUUGUUAAAUUUUCUCGGUUUCAUUUCACUCGCCUCAUGACCUCCGUGGAGGAUGAAACACGCAAGCUAGUAGUGCUUCAGGCCCGGUAUUUCUUCCCAUGUCCUUUAAGUAGUUCUGAUCUGAAUCGGCGAGGCCUACUAAAACAUCUUCAACCACACAAACUGUAACCCCUUCAUUUCAUUGCAUCUUGUUCCUUCAUUUGUCUUUAUGUGUGCAAUAAAAGGAAUGAAAUACUUAAAAAAAAAUGUAUUUAUUAUUUGGUCCUUUUAUUGAUAAGAAUUUUAAGUUGCACUAUAGUAAUAAAUGUUUUGAGUUUGCUUUAGAAACUUAUAGUUGCAAAUUAUAAACUGUCAAAGUGGCACAACUUUAAACGACCCUUUGAUAAAUCGUUUAAUCCCAUUUGUAAAAUAUUCCAUCAUCAUUUAGUCAUCUAUAGGUGUCUCUACAUUUUUGUCCUCCCCAGCUACUUACUUACAUAAGAGGGUCAGAAUAUU